CUGCCAACCCCACUGAGAACAGCCGGGAACCACUUUCUCUUUAUAAUAAAAACUCUCCCUCUCUCUCUCUCUAGAAAUCCCCCUCUCUCUCUAGAAUUCCUCUGAGAGAGAGAUGCAAAUCAUCUCCAAAGCUUCAUCUGCUGCCAUGGCCUCCUUCACUUGCUCAAGGGGGACUAGCGGGCUUUCUGUAUUGCCAGGAACAAGGCAACUUUGCUUCAGAAAGGGCCUUUUGUAUGGUUUUAUGAGGCUGUUGUCAAUACCAUUCAAGACAUUGCAUUUGGCUACUAGUCGUUCGCUUAGAGUUGCUCAGUUUUGCAGUGUUUCUAACAUGUCUUCCUCAUUGCAAAUUGAAUUGGUACCAUGUCUCAGAGACAACUAUGCGUAUCUUUUACAUGAUGUGGACACAGGAACAGUUGGAGUUGUUGAUCCUUCUGAAGCUGUACCUGUUAUAGAUGCUUUGAGUCGGAAAAACCGGAACUUGACAUACAUACUAAACACACAUCAUCAUAAUGAUCACACUGGUGGUAAUAUGGAGCUAAAAGCAAGGUACGGUGCAAAGGUGAUUGGCUCGGCAAUAGACAGGGAUAGGAUUCCUGGCAUUGAUAUAGUUUUAAAUGAUGGAGAUAAGUGGAUGUUUGCAGGUCAUGAGGUGCAUGUGAUUGAAACUCCUGGUCAUACCCAAGGUCAUAUUAGUUUUUACUUUCCUGGAUCGGGGGCAAUUUUUACUGGAGACACUCUAUUCAGUUUAUCAUGUGGCAAGCUUUUCGAAGGAACGCCUGAGCAGAUGUUUUCCUCUCUUCAAAAGAUCAUGUCUCUGCCUGAUGAUACAAGUAUCUAUUGUGGCCACGAAUACACAAUGAGUAAUUCAAAAUUUGCAUUGUCUAUUGAACCGAACAAUGAGGCCCUCCAAUCUUAUGCAACCUAUAUAGCUCAACUUCGCAACAAGGGCUUGCCCACGAUUCCAACCACAAUAAAGAUGGAGAAGUCUUGCAAUCCAUUUCUUCGCACUUCCAGUCCUGAAAUCCGGCAGUCCUUAGGUAUUCCAGACUCAGCAAACGAUUCAGAAGCCUUAGGCAUUGUCCGUUGUGCGAAGGAUAACUUCUGAGACUCUUGUGCUAAGGUUACGAUCAAGAGCGUUAUUUUUUCAACACAAACUACGGCAAAUCGGUACGAACCCUAAAUGGAUUAGAUUAAAUUUGAUAUGUAUCUAUUUUCAAUUAGCAUAAUCUAGCAUAUCAAAUUUAAUCUUAAGUAUGUGCGAACUAAUAAUGUUGUUGAUCUAAGACUUUACUUGUUAAUGUUGUCUCUUUGUAUAGAGAGGUGAGGUGAUAUAUAUUUCAAAUAAUUUGCCAAUGUUCUCAUUGUAACUCUCUUUUCCCCUUUUAAGAGUAUAAUGUUUGAUUUGGAUUUUGUGCA